AGUUGAACAUUUUUAGGACAAACAAAGGUACUAUAAUUUCUACAACCACAGAUCUUGUCAACUGCUUCCGUUUAAAUUUCUAAUAUUCAGUGAUGAUUAAAUUUCAUAUCAGCUUUCGGGAGAUCAGAAUUAAUACAAUGUCGUAGGAGUUAAUGUUUAUUAUUUUAUUUCUUGCAUCAGUCGACGCCAAUAUAAAUUUAAAAGAUUGAAAGACUACCACAACUUUCACUUUUGCUGGUGUAACUGUUCGUAGUUGGAAUCAUCGAUCGUAUGAUUAAACAUAUCAUAUUAUUAAACUAAGAAGAUUUUACUUUAAUAAACAAGAUCGUCUAUACACACUAAUAAUUAGAUGUUUUAAAUAACUAGUUUGAUAAUCUUAUCAAAUUGUUGAUCGAUUAAAAUUCUGGAUUCUCCAACACUGGUUGUUAGUGACAGUUAACAAGAAAUCAACAUUUAACAAGGGAAAAAAUGAAGUUGGUGAGUACAUGUUUCUGUUGAUCGUUUCAAGUUUCUUCAUACUGGAAAUAAACUCAUACGAUCCAAAAGAUGAAAAGCUCAAAGAUAUUCUACUGCCGGAAGGUCAGUUUGAGGCAUUCUACUUAAAAGGAGUUCAAAGUGAAGAAGAGAAUGCAGUCCGACCACCUCAUCUCCAUGGAUCUUUUCAUGCACAUCGUCAUCCAGGUCUCGUAGGUGUACCAAAUAGUGCAGCAUACGGAUUCCGUUUUGACGGAAAGCGUCGCUUUAAUUAUGAUUAAGGGAAAGUAUCAUUCGUCGUUAAUAUCAAAUAUAAUUAAGUGAGAUUGUUGUACUAAUGCGUAUUAUUUCUAAUGCUUGUGAAAAUCAGAUAAUCGUAGUAUUAUCUAUUUGGGUUUCAUCUCUACGAUUUACAGAGCUAUUGAAAAAAAAAUAAUGUAUUUAAAGUGUAACAUGCGUUGCGUGAAUUAGUUAGCGAUAAAUCACAGAGAAAAAUAUCAUUUUUACGAAAGUUAUAAUAUUCGUAAGUAAGACUAUCAUUUGAGUUCCAAUAUGAUAUUAUAUUAAGUUCCAAUGAGAUAUUAUAUUUAUUGUAUUAUAAUGCUUAAAGGCGUUCCUUGGAAGCUUUCAUAUAUCAUUAAUGACCCUUUGAAUUACUAGUCAUCUUGAUACACGAUGCAUACAGUUUCCGUUUUAAUUAUUUUCUAAAAAUAAAUUGUUUAUUUAGUGCAUUCUUUGAAUAUACUUUCUUAUUUUUUUCUAAUUCUAAUUAACUCCAGAUUCCACAAAUUGCCGGUUGUUAAUAAAUCUAGUUGCCGAAAAGAAAUCAAGAGUGAUCUGAGUAUCUACUAACCAAUCAAUAGAAAAAACAACUUGUGGUAAUUAUAGAAACUUACGUACAUACACAGAUCAAUUGAUAUUCUACUUUCUAUCAAACUGAUUGAAGUUUUGUCAAUCUAUCCAUAUGAUACUUAAUGGACCAGUUUUUCUUUUAAUGUACUUGAAUAUAAUUACUAUGUCUUCUAUCUAUUAAGAACUAUUUGAGUACCAUACUAGGUGAGAAAAAGACUUAAGUUAGAUAUGGAGAAUCUUCAUGGUGAAACUUUAGCUUUCAUGUCCAUUAAACAGGAUGCAAAAUUUGUUCCAAGAAUUGAAUAAUACUUACAUAGGUAUUCGAUUAAAUACCUUUUUCAAUUAUCUAUUGUUUUAUUUACAGCUCUUUAUUAUUACUAAUCUUAAAUGUAGUUAUUAUUAAAACUCAAGAAUUGCAUGAAUGAAAAAUAAUUUAUUUAUAAUUAAUGAAUGCAAAUCCAAAAAUCAUUAUUCACAAAAAAAUUUUAGGUAAAUAAUCAAGAAU